CAAGUCGCGUUGACCUGGCUCAUAAUGAGUGCCAAAAAAUACCAAUUCCCAUCUUUCGGACGCACUCGUCGCCACAGCAAGGACGCAGCCGCACAGAUGAUCGGAACAACAGUCGGGUCAGAAUCUACAUCUGACAUUGGCGUUUUGGAUAUGGAUAUAGAACUCUUCCAAAAAGAUUUUGACCGCUGGUACGCGAAAGUUGUCUUCCAAUACUACCUGGCUAUGGCCAUCCAAAUAGAGCACAUGGAACCUAGGUCUAUCAGUUUAAAAUGUAUUGUUGAGCAAGUGGAAGCUUCCUACCAGGGAUACCCCAGCCACAACGAAGGAGAAGACGUCAAUCCUUCCUAUCCAGGGUCACAGCUUUUUAAGCGUAUCAAGGCCGCUCGGUCGACCAAAGACGAGAAAACAUUAAGAGUCUUCUUAGACAUACUGAACGACAAGAUAUCUCAAAGCUGCAGGAAGUCGCGCCAUGAGAAGGUAGCAGAACUCGCUGCCAACAGCAAUGAAGGCAUACAGUUGACGCCUGAGCAUACCGGUCGCGCCACAACCCCAAGCUCAAUUUUGACCAAUGAACAAUCUGCUGAAGAUACAUCCAAAGAAAUGGGUACUCCGACCCCAAUGGACAGCUUUUCGUUUGACAGGGUCGAACAAAAAACGAAUCUUCCGGCGCCAAGCAACCUCCCGUUGCAUAGAUACACAAUAGCAAUAUAUGAACACGCUACUGCGAAUGGGAGAGAAACUUGUUUCGAGGAAGUUCAGUUACCAGACGAUAAAUGGCAAUGCAAGUUCUAUUACAGUGGCAUCGAUGAAUUGGGGGAGGCUCCGUCGAAACAGACUGCAAAGCAUAUUGCUUGUCAAAAGCUGUGUAGGAGAUUAAGAAUUUGUGGCUGA